AUGAAGGUCCUCUCCGUUAUCGUUGGUCUUGCUCUUGCUGCCGUCAGCCAGGCUGCUGAUAUGCCUGCUUUGAACUUCACUAGCUGCGCUCCUUCUACCACAGGCCUCACUUUGACAGCCCUUCCAGUCCUUGAGCCUUACCCUCUUUGCAUUGGCAAGGAAUACUGCUUGACCUUGACAGGCCAACUGAACACCGAUAUCACCCAAGGCUCGCGCUUGUCAGUCAUCGGAAGAUGGGUUGGACGUAUUGUAUACACCGACAACCAAGAUCUCUGCACCUUGUUGGCAGCUCAAGGAACUCCAUGCCCUGUUGCUUCUACAACCUCUUCUAUCAAGUUAUGCACACCUAUGAAGUCUAACUUCUGGGCCAACGUUCAAACUCAUUUCCAAUUCUCGGCUACCAACGGCGACGGCGACCUCCUUUUCUGCCAAACCAGCCCCAUCUAUGCUCAGAACUGCGCCUAA